UUUUCAAUAUGGCGCUGAUCAAGAGUGAAAAUUUUUUUGCCCAGUGCAACUCUCCCGUUGCCCUGUAAACAGAACGCUAAAAAACAUUAGUUUGGGCUCGCAUUUGUUGUUUUCAAAUAGCAACCAACCUCCGUUCUGUGAACACUAAGAUUCCGACAUGUUUGUGAUUUGAUCUACAUAUCUCUCUCCCUAUGGGCAGUGUCAGAGAUAAUUAGCCCAUACACCUGACGCGCGAUUUCAUUCGUUAGCCAAUUUUAAAGCUGAUCAGUUUGUUGCACAGCAAGUACAUGCUGUUCAAGUGUAAAAAUGGAAGACAUUCAGUCGUGGUAUGAGGUCCCAAGCAUUGCCCAUUUUUGCUCAUUGUUUAGGGCUGCAUUCAGUCUUGUGGAUUUUGACAUUGAGGAACUUGAGGAAGCUCUUUUAACAGAUGGAGCUGAGGAUAUGGGCAGCAGUCUUAUCCAGGACUUGAUUGUGAGACUGUUGAAUGGUUGCAUGGGAACCAGUGAUGUGACAUCCUCAAAUUAUCAAAUGUUCCUGCGAAGACUCUUCAGACAAAAGUUCCAGGACGGAAAGAAGAAUCCAUUCAAUUCAGAUGUGGAUUUUCGUUUUCUUCCCUUGAGGACUAAAGUGGAAAUCUUGCAUUUUUUGUGUGAUUGUCGCCUAGAAGCUGAUGAUGUGAUGGAAGUGUUGAAAAAUUUGGAGGCUGACAGUUUACGAGUUGAACCACUGGGUUACGAUGAUAACAAAGCAGCAUAUUGGUAUUUUUAUGGUACACGGCUAUACAAGGAAGAAAAUGCGCUUGUUAAAGAAGAAGAAGAAGUAGAGAAAUCCAAAAAGAAGGGAAAGAAAAAGCUGGGCAAAGAAAUCGCGCCUAUACGUGGACCAUGGACGGUUGCGUGUUUUACGGAAGAAGAUUGGAGUGAACUGUGUGAUUCGUUGUCAAAAGCAACUUCAAAAAAUGAAAAAAAUUUAUAUCGUACUUUAAAGGAGGAUUUUUUGCCAGAAAUCCCUAAUCUAUUUGCGGAAAAAGAGCGCCAACAAAGGAAGCGAAUGUCCGAUGCCGCUCCACGUCGAGCAUCAACUCGAAUCGAAAAGUUAAAACAACAACGUGAAGAACAAGAUCGAAUUGUAGCGGUAGCGAUACAAGCUGAAUUACUUCAUUCCGAAACAAAUGCUGACGAGGACCACAACGGUAAAGAUGACGUUGUUGUUACCCCACCUGAAGCCCCACCGAAGUCCAAGUCCAAGAAAAUUGAUGAGGAUGAAUGGCUGAUGUUAAGAAAUAAAGCGGAUCGAGCCACUCGUGCGCUACUCCGCGAAAUUUCUCGUGAUAAUGUGGAUCUCUUUAGCAGUUUUGAAUCAACAAGAAGCGUUCCCACUCGAGCCAGUAGCGUAGAUUCGUCGGUUUUGGAAAAAGGCACAGAAAAAACGGAUAAGAGUGAUGUAACUGUGGAAAAGCCUGCCAAAAAAGAAACAUCAAAAGAGACAUCUUUGUCAGAAAGAAACCAUAACCCAGAGAAAACGGAGCGUUCUACCUCAAACAAACCGCCUAAAACGUCUAAGCAAGAAUCUGAAAACAAGCCAAUAAAGAAGUCAGAGCGACCCGAAAAGAAUGUUGCUGAAAAAUUCGAAAUUAAAUCCAAUAAAAAUGCAACCGUCGCAGGAGAAACCAACAAUACCGCGGCAGCUAAAUGUAACAGUAAAAAAGGAAGACAGACUAACAAUUCUCUUUCUUCUGUCAUCGAUACUACCGUGAAUCACCUCGAGAAUGGAGGAGUUAAAUACCGAAGGGUUGUCACGGCGUUGAGUGCAACAACAGAUGAAGCCAAGAUCGGGAUGUACAAAAUACUGGAACAAAUCAAGAAUCAUCCAGAUGCUUGGCCAUUUCUUGAUCCAGUAGAUGAGGACUUUGCCCCAGAUUACUAUACUAAAAUCAGUCAGCCAAUGGACUUGGAGAAAAUGGAACAACGGUUGUCCACCAAAUAUUACCAGUCGGUCAACGAGUUCGUGUCCGAUUUUGACCUAAUCGUUGAUAAUUGUAAAAAAUAUAAUGGGCCCGAAAGUGAGUACUCGUUUAUGGUCGAAAGCUUGGCUGAUGAAUUUCGUGUGCUGUCCUCGAGAUAUCUCAAUUCAGUUUAUGAACCUGACCCGAUACCCAGCGGUUCAGAGUCUGAUUGUAGCACUGCGUCUGAUGAAUCCAAUCAUCAGAAACACAAGUCUGGAGUUCCAGAUCCGAGGAAGAGGGGAGGCCUGAUGAAGCUAGCUCAGGCUUUUUCCGGAUCGGGUAAUCGAUCUAAUCCUAAAUCUACUACAACCGCAGCCAGCAAGGUCAAGCUGAAAACUGAAGAUGUGUGGGAUACACCGUCGCCAGAUUCCUCCGAACCUGACUCAAAGAACAGAAAAACGAACAAACCCAAGCUACAGGAAAAGGUUGAUAAAAAAAAGGGCAAGAUCAAGAAACCUGUUGCUGGAGGUCGAAAUCUUGAAGCAUUGAACGCUCUCGCAGCUGCAACGGAACAAACGCUUAAAGAUAUGAAAAAAUGGCUUGACGACACGCCCAAAUUCCCUGAGUACUCAUCUGGUAACAGCUCCUCUGGCGAAAAAGUGACUGCAGAAGAGUUUGAGACACUUUCCGUGAGUGUCGAAGAAGAAUAUAGAAAGCAAGCAGGGGGGAAAAGUGAGUCUGCAUCACCAUCCAAAUCUCCUAAGAAGAACAAGUCUGUGCAGCACAAAAAGAAAGGGUUACUCAUUUUGGCAAGCAAAGGUCGAUUGCCUGUCGAGAGUAAAGAAGAACACGACACGCUGAUGAAACGCAAGAAGAAGAAGCUGAAAAAGGAAAAAUUGAUGGACAGCCUAUUCGAGACACCUUGUGACAAGGUGGCGAAAGAAACACCUCCGUCACCCCCGCCGCCUCCAAUUGGGGAUAAUGGGAAAAGUGCGCCUAAUGUGGCAAAAGAGAAAGAAAAACCUGUCCGCAAAGCAUUUGAUCGUCUUCAACCUGGAGGCAAAUCCAAAGUUUCGAAGGUAAGCCGACCAGAUGAAUCGAAACUGAGUUCUGUGAUAGCUAAAAUUAAAGAAAGUCGAAGUAGCGCUCUCCAAAAACAGACGGAAACCAUACAAAAAGCUCAGUUGAGUUUAGGCACCGUAUUGUUGAGUGAAAUAGGUUCUAAUCGAACUCUAGAGGAAAAAGAGCCUGCGGAAGUUGAAGAAUCCGCGAAACAAGCUGAACAAGAGAACCCGGUAGUGGAGCCUACCGAAGUUGUCGAAACGAAAGCAACGGAACCUGUCGCCGAAGUGAAGCAUAGUGCCACUCCUAAUCUAUCUGCUUGGUUUCGAGCUUUUGGAGCGCCUAAAAAUCCGAUUAAGCGGCAAAUAUCAGAAACUCAUGAAACUAAGAAUCAGGGUCCACCUGCCAAAAAAGGAGUUGGACAGCAUCAGGAAGGCAAUAAAGACUUGCCCUGGUAUGCACGUUUAGAGAAGAAAGAUCCGCCGACUGGGAGGUUGGAGCCGGUUUCCACGCAAAAGGAAGUGAUGAGCGAAGAUAGUGCUGCCGAAGAGAGCCGACACUUGAUGGAUCCAUCAAGCCCGGCUGAUAGCCUUGCAAGUAUCAACUCGCCAGCAUCUGCUGAGAGCAUCAGAUCGCCUUCGACACCAGGUGGUGGCUGGGGUGGACAAAACAAUCGCUACUCAGCCGCCGAUAAUACUGCAAUACGCUCUCCACUCACACCUGAAACUCAAUCGUUCAGCCCAUCGGUGCCCCUGCAUCCGAUCAAAGUGGGCUUCUAUCAAGACAUGCAAAAAGGGGCUUCGCCCAUUCAUGUUAAAAGUCCGAGCUGUCAUAGUAACAGCAGUGGAACCGGACCUAAUUCGCCUAAUGAUCACGUACUUCAGAGUGAGACACUUCGACCACCUUUGAUGGAACCGCAUCAUCCACAGCAACAUCCACCACCGCCGCAACAGCCCCCUCCGCCUCAGCCAGCGCCAAUGCAACAUAUUCAACCGGCAUUCCAGUCAGAAGCUAGUCAUAGGUUAGUUGCCGAACCGGAUAAACAAACAGAAUCAUACCCACUCAAAAAAAGAUCGACCGCUGCAAUGGCACACAUUUCGCCCAGCCCAAUUGUUACGCCUACACCGAUUCAUGCAGUUCGACAGUCUGGACCCCAGGUGCACGAUCCGCGCAUGAUGAAUCAAUCACAAACCAAUUUUAGUAAUUUUAGCCCAGCUGAUUAUUCUGGUGUGCGCUCAGGACAUCCAGGUCACCAUGCACCACCGCAACAACAGCCUCAAUCGAUACCACAGCAACAACAGCCUCAAUCGAUACCACAGCAACAACAAGAACCGCAGUCCAAUCUCGGCCAAUACAACCAGUAUUCUCAUUAUGGUCAGAAUGUUGCCAAUCCGUUACCCGGAAAUCUGGCCAGCUUAUCGCAAAUCGUGGCCCGGAUUCCAACUGGAACGGUUGCUACGCAUGCCCCCAACCCCGAGAUUGCGCAACCUCAAUUUAAUCAGCAUCAUCAACAGCAGCAGCACCAGCAGCACCAUUCCAAGCGAAGUCAUGCCCAGCAGCAGCAACAACAACAACAUCACCAACAACAGCAGCAGCAGCAGCAUCAUCAACAACAACAACAGCAGCAACAACAACAGCAACAACAGCAACAACAGCAGCAGCAGUCCAUCCCAAAUCCCAUGACAACCAAUAUGGGCUACUCGUACCCAUCUCAAUCCGUUUCAGCUGCGUCGUCGGCUGAGCGGACCAGCAGUUUAGUUUCGGCGAGCCCUGCGUUUUCUGGGUCACAGAUGACCCAAAGUCCUGCCACAUCCAUUUCAUCCAGUCGAUCAUCGGGUGGUAACUUGCAAGACACGCCGUCUCACAUGAUGACGUACAAUAACGCAGCCGCCGCAGCGGUGGCAGCAGCGGCGGCUUAUUCGAACCAACCGGGUUCUUUCUAUGCUCAGGCCAAUCCUGCGUACAGAGGCCAGCCACAACCCAUCCAGCAGCCCCAGCAACAGCCAUCACAGCAACAUCAUCCGCCUCAGACACAGACACAGCCUCAGCCACAGCCUCAGCCACAACAACACCAACAGCAACAACAUUCACAACAACAACAAGUUUCCCAUCAACAGGCUUCUCAGCAGCCACAAAGUCGACCUAGUCAAGUGUUUCAUCAUGGAGGGGCGCUGAACAGCUUUGAACCGAGUAAUCACAAUUUCAUGUGGAACACUCGUCCGGAACAGGUUCCAGCCAAUGCUCCGGCAGUGACAACGCCCAACACUCCUUACGGACGUGCGGCAUCCGGAAGCAACCCGUUCCCUUCCAGUCUCGGUUACGAUCCGCAUCAUCACCAUCAUCAUAUGGGAGGAAGUUUACUGUUUAGUGGGCUCGAUCCAUUGGCUGGUAAUCCGAGUAUGUUUGGCCGGAAUCCUUUAUCGCGUCCCACGCCUCCUUGGGCUCCAUCUUUGUCACUGGACAAUAGCAUACCUUCCACUUCGGCGUCAAAUCGAACGCAACAGCAGCAACAGCAGCCUAAUGCAAGCGUCGCUCCGCAACCCCGAAAUUCUCAACCAAGAGAAAAAUCUCGCCCGGCAGUUGUGGAAUCUGCUCCGGCUCCGGCUCCCGGUAGCGCGUUUAAUUACAACGUGCAAGGACUAGCUCCGUCAUCGUCAUCGGCAACUGGAACCGGUAAUAACGUUGCAGGAAAUGAUAACCUCCCAGCUUCGCUGUACGAGAGGCAUAGAGGGGCUUCGCAGGCUGCACCAUCAGCGUCUGGUCUUCCACCACCGGCUCACCAAGGUUCCUCAUUGUCUGCCCAUCACCAAUACGCGGCAGCAUCUGGAAAUCAUCACUUUGGUCCUGGGACACCCGGUUUGAAUAUGACGCCAGCUUUCGGCGAUUUCCAACCUCCUCCUUCUCAUCCACACCAUCCGCUGGCCGAGCACGCACAAUCAUCAGCAUUGUAUCAGCAGUUGCUCCAGCAGCAUCGCCAGCAGGAAGAAUUACUCUUGAGGAAUCCCCAUCAUCCAUCAAUGAUGCUCCAUCAACCGGGUUUACUAGGCUCACCCGCCGCGUACCCCCCAACUUUUUCAUCGGGUCUCAGCCUACAGCAGCCCUUCCAGGGUUGGCUCUGAAGCGUUUUCAUAAUCAUCUUUUUUUCUGUUUUUUUUUUUUUCAAAAUUCAAAUCCGACAAAGUUUUACAUAAAUUUUUUUUUCUCCAUCUUUAACUUCGUCUCGUAAGACGCCGCCGCCAUUUAGAAGCGUACAGAAUCGGAGUAAACUAUAAAGAAAUCGUGUUUUAUAGUUCUUUUAUUUCUCUUCGAAAAAGUUCAAUUCUCUGCGGAUCGUGAAAGCCAAUCUGAUUUUUUGUUGUUUGAUAUUGAUAAACAUAAUUUGCCAAUUUCGGUACGAAAUUGAUAGUUGAUAAACACAUUGGUUGAUUGCUUUAUUUUUUAAAUCACCAUCGCCUCAAAGGUACAUGUUGCGUAUCGUGCGUUACGUGUUAUUAGCCAUCGUUUGCAUGUGUGGCAGUUUUCUCUUGUUUUCUUUUUUUUUUUUUGUAAAUAGGUGACGCUGCUGACUAUCGAAGAAAAUUUUGUGUUGAAAAUAGGUUUAAGAGGUUUUCAUUUUUUACGCGAUAACUUUCUUCGGAAUUUUUGGAAUCGUAUUUUUUUCUUAAUUCGGUGGUAUGCACUGUUGUUCAUGUUAUUUGUUAAAGACGCGUUAUGUGACUGCUUGUAUGUUGGUGUGAUUAUGUCUGUACAGAAUUUGGAUUUUUUCUUUAUCAAAACUUUGACAAAAAUAACCCAAGCUCCCGCCGACAACAUCAUAAUCGUGUUAUACAUCUUUAUUGUAUAUGUCAUAAAACGGAAAUUAGAGUUUUUUUAAAACCCCGACUAAGAACAGAAGGCAGGAUGUGAGAGUGAAUUAUCUGAAAGUAUCUUGUUGAGUUGUUUGUUCUUUGAUUUUUGCCUUCGUGAUCUGUAUAUUGCGAGAAAUACACACCCUUCAUUGGUACACAA